UACACUGCAAAACGAAAAAGAAGCACAAGAUACAGAAGAGAUUCCUUUCAUUGCCAAGAUUUUUCUGAACAGAGAGAGAGAUGGGUUCUUCUUUUCUUCAGGCUAACAGCUUGGCUUUGUGGCUUUUUUCUCUCUUUGCCCUUUUCACCUUCACAGAAGGUGAGAAAUUACUAGUUAUACCUCAGGAUGGAAGUCACUGGCUCAGCAUGCGAGCUGUUGUGCAGAAGCUCAGUGAAAAAGGUCACGAGAUUGUGGUGGUGGCACCCGAAGUGAAUCUGCUUUUAAAAGGAGAAAAGUAUUACAAGCGGAAAACAUAUCCUGUCUCAUACACGCAGGCAGAUCUUGACAUUGGAUUUCAGAAGUUCUCUAGAAACCUCUUCAAGAAGGUUUCUUUUCCUUUUACAAUUUUUCAGGAGUACUGGAACAAUAUGUAUAUUAUAAACCUGUUUUUUGAGAAUUGUGAGAGCCUGCUGAAGAACAGGGAAAUCAUUAAGUACCUGGAGGAGGCUCAUUUUGAUGCCCUUUUCACAGACCCAGCUUUGCCCUGUGGAGUCAUCUUAGCUGAAUACCUCUUCAUCCCUUCUGUGUAUUUCUUUCGAGGAUUCCCAUGCAGUUUAGAGCAUGCAAUCUGUAAGUCUCCAAAUCCUGUUUCCUAUAUUCCAAGAUGUUAUACUGUGCACACGGACCGAAUGUCUUUCGUCCAACGUGCGAUUAAUCUGUUUGCUAAUUCUUUCGAGACAACGCUUUUCAAGACACUAUAUAAUAAGUAUCAAGAUAUUGCUUCAGAGUUUCUACAGAGAGAUGUUCACCUACCAACUCUUUAUCGGAACGGUUCGAUCUGGCUUUUGCGUUAUGACUUUGUCUUUGAGUAUCCCAGGCCUAUCAUGCCCAACAUGGUAUUCAUAGGAGGCAUAAAUUGCGAGGAAGCGAAAUCGCUGACACCGGUAUGUCCACUGAUUAUUACUAUGAAAUCUGAUAUAAGUAAAAUAGAUUUGUGA